CUCUCUCUCUCUCCCUCUCUCUCUCAAGUGACCUGGCAAAAAUGGAUUUGAAACCCACUGCAACUGCUAUUUGUUGCUCCAUGUCCCUCCAACAGUGACAGACACCUCUCCCUGCUUUCCAUUUCAAGCACACCCACGAUCCAUCACUCCACAGUUCAUAGACCCACGAUUGAGUCCCGAGAUAAAGGCGAGGACUUCAAAAUUUCGAAUUUUGAUUGCUGGGUUCUUGCCCAUUUCCGUUCUUCCCCCAGAUCUCCAAACUCUCGCUGCAGAUCUUCCCCUUUUGUCCGUCGGAGGCCGUCGAUGGAGCUCUGAUUGCUUCCCUCCAGUUCUGGCUUUCAGGAACUUCCAAGUCCCUGUGCCCUUUUGGUUUCACAUUGCGUCAAGGCUUCUAGUAUAGCUCAACAUCAACAGUCCUAUGGAUAUUGACGACACCAUUGCUGAUAAUGGUUUUGAGACGGUCCCUCAGCACAGACUUCCGGCCUGCAAAGGAGAGAGUACAGUUCCAACUGAUUUUGAUGGGGUCACAGAUGAGACUGGUGCAAUUGCAUCUGUAAAUAAAAGCUUAGAAAGUGUUGAGUUAGAUCAGUCUGAUGCAAACAAGUCAUCGCCUGGGGACUUAAAGGAGGGACCUGCCAACAUUCCUAAGGAAGGAGACAAUUUUGAUUCAGACCAUGCAAAACGUGUGAGAAGCCAGAGGAGUCAAGGAACCAAAAACAAUUACAAACCUACUGUGAAAAAUGUGCUGGCACCUGGAGCAAAGAAGAACAAAGAUGAAAAGGAAGCAAAAGCAGUUCGAAAUGGCAAUGCUCCUCCAAAUUCCAGUGUAGAGAAGCCUAUUAAAAGCAAACCAUUAAAUGAUAAGCAGCCUCAUCUACCUAAGCAAGCUGGAAAAUCUUAUAUAGAUUCUUCAAAAGGCCUGAGCGGGGUUAAAAAAGAGAACCCUUUGAAAGAAGGAUCCGUCAUCGAACCUGAUGGGAUUCCACAAUCUUCCCCAAACCUUACCGCAGCUGAUGUUGGAACCCGUAGAGUGGGUGCACUUCCGAACUAUGGGUUCAGCUUUAGGUGUGACCAAAGGGCUGAAAAAAGGAAAGAGUUCUACUCAAAGCUUGAGGAAAAGAUUCAUGCAAAGGAAGUAGAACAGACGACCUUGCAGGCUAAGUCCAAGGAAACUCAAGAAGCUGAGAUGAAGAUGCUGAGGAAGAGUUUGAACUUUAAAGCCACACCUAUGCCAAACUUCUACCAAGAACCUUCACCGCCUAAAGUUGAGUUGAAAAAGAUACCCCCAACAAGAGCUAGAUCUCCCAAGCUCGGGCGAAGGAAGAGCUCGCCUACCGAGGAGUUUGAAAAAAAUGGCCAUGGAAACCGUCCAUCUGAUCGUUUAAGCCUCGACGAGGAAGUGUCGAGAAACCAACCAUCUAGAGUGCCGCCCAUCAAAUCAAAGAAGCCCAUUCGGAAAUCGCUCCCUGUACUGCCUUCUGAGAAAAAUAAGCCAUCUAGUGUGAGGAUCAAAAGCGCCGAGUCUCAAGCAACUCAUACGCAAGAAACUGGCAAUAGAGCACAUAAGCCACUUCAGGUGGAUGACUCCCCUAGUGACCAUACGCCAAUCCUGGAUGAGCUAGUCAAGCCAACUAUAGCACAAGAAGGGACAGAAUCAGGCGUUAUGCAGGAGCAGCAAUAGAGCUAGAUUGAACUUUUUAGAGCCUUCAACUUGGCAAGAACAGGACCACAAGGAUUACUGGGAUAAUUAUGCCUGAGGUAUGGAAGAUUUGCGGAAGAGUCGUGAGUUCUGGCGUCUUUUUGUCUGUGGAAGCAUUGGGUUGUUUUGUUUUGUACUGUUCUUGGGAUUGCUGGUUAUCGUAAGAAAUUCUGCAUUCCUGCACCUUUGUAAGUUGCUGAUUUCCCAGUGCUCUCUUUGCAUUAGCAUUCUUUGGUUGCCUGCCUCACUACUGAAAAAUACAGCAAUAGUAGGAAUAUCAGUCGCUGUGAAGUUUAGUGUCGGACCAAUUUGUUGAGCCAGUUGGGGCGUGACAAUUGGAUAUUGUACCUAUGUUUUCGAGAUUUCUUAUUGGCUAUAUGAGUUGGUUA